CUUCCCUCGGACCAUAGUUUCCUCGUAACCAUCAUGUUGAAUACAAUAUUCUUCCAUAUGCUUGCUCUCCAUACAAGAGCUAAGUGGUGAUGCUUGUGAUAAUGAAAUGUUUAUUGCCCCAGUAACACAUAGUCUUUCAAAUAAAACAAUACGGUACACCACGAACGAUGACCACCAACCUCGGGCCUCUAACUACCACGUUCACGCCGGCGCCAGAGUGCACCGAAGUCAUAUCUGGGAUUAUAUAUACGCAGACCGGAACCGAUGGUAAUACUACCACCCACAAAUAUCAUAGUCUCGGACCGGCCGACACAUCGGAAUGUUACCCGUCGCCUUUUCAGAUCACAUCAGCCUAUUACUCUCCUGGAAGGUGCCCUUCAGGUUGGUCAUCGGUGUGCGGGUCCGUUUACAUUGCCAGCGGAACUAUUACCGAGACCACAGCUACUUGCUGCCCACCCGGGUAUGCCUGUAUGCAAGCGGCAGAUGUGACAGACUCAUGGUCGACAUUAUCAUGUACGAGGGCUAUCGAAUCAAUGGUCAACGUAACUGUACCGGAUGACAGCCACCAGUACUAUAGGGUCACCCAGCUCUCCCAUGUCUUGGUAAAUGCCGCAGCCAUCACGGCGCGCUGGCAGCAGACCGACUUCGUCGCAUCCGAGACCGACACAUCAACGACUCCAACGACUUCAAUAACUUCAACGACUUCCGAAGCUACCUCUUUCUCUUCUGCCUUUCCAACGCCUUCAUCAAGCGAUACCCCUUCCACUAGUGAGGACACGGGGCUAAGUUCAAACGCGCAGAUAGGAAUAGGGGUGGGAGCAGGACUUGGGAGUCUUCUCUUAAUAUUAAUCGGGGCGGUGUUGGGUAUAGGGAUAUGGUGGAGUCGUAAAAGGACGAAAAAAGGACCAAACGACACGAUCGCCCAUGCCACAAACCCGGAGGCUGCGAAGCCGCCGGUGGAAAUGUGGGAGCUGUGGCAACAAGAGAUGGAAACUUCAAACAACAGUCAUGAAAUGGCCACGCAGAAUAACAGGCACGAAAUGCCGAGUACUUCGAGGCCGGCGGAGCUACCAUCGAAUCGAUGGAGCCAACUUUGAACGGGAUAAUAGGUACAAAGGUAAUUGAUAGUGAAAGCGGCUACACAAUACAUGAUAUUAAUAUACCAUGCAA